UCAAGACUCAGAAUGGGUCUUCUGAAGUGGUGCAGUUGAAUGGAGUAAGUAACGGCCAUCACACCAGUAGUAGCAGCAGCAGUAAGCAUAAAUCCUCUAGCAAGGACAAACACCGUGACAAAGACCGUAGCGAUCAUAAAAGUUCGAGCUCGAGUUCAAAGGAUCACAAAAGUAGCAGUCGGUGGGAAGAAGAGAAGCGCGAAGACGGUGUAAAGUGGAAUACUUUAGAGCACAAAGGACCAGUAUUUGCUGCACCCUAUGAACGCGUGCCGAAGAAUGUGCGUUUCUACUACGAUGGCAAACCCAUGGAGUUAUCCGAAGAGACAGAAGAGGCAGCUACAUUUUAUGCAAAAAUGUUGAAUCACGAUUAUUGCACAAAACAGAUUUUCAACGACAACUUCUUUAAGGACUUCCGCAAGUCAAUGACAUCGAAGGAACGUGAAAUUAUAAAAGACUUCAACAAGUGCAAUUUUGAAGAAAUGUUUAAAUAUUUCACUGCAGAGUCUGAGAAACGCAAGAAUGCGACUAAGGAGGAGAAACUAGCCAGGAAAUUAGAAAAUGAAGCAUUGAUUAAAGAAUAUGGCACAUGUAUCAUCGACGGUCACAAAGAAAAAAUUGGCAAUUUCAAAUUAGAACCACCAGGUCUGUUUCGUGGUCGUGGGGAGCAUCCAAAAAUGGGCAUGAUUAAACGACGAAUUCAGGCUGGAGAUGUAUCCAUUAACUGUGGAAAAGAAUCGAAAAUUCCAUCUCCUCCGCAGGGUCAUCGCUGGAAGGAAGUGCGUCACGACAAUACUGUUACCUGGUUGGCCUCUUGGACUGAGAAUGUACAGGGCCAGGUAAAAUACAUUAUGUUGAAUCCAUCAUCAAAAUUGAAGGGCGAAAAGGAUCAUGUUAAGUACGAAACUGCACGUCGUUUAGCAAAAUCGAUUGAUAAAAUACGUGCGACAUAUCGCGACGAAUGGAAAUCGAAAGAGAUGCGUGUACGUCAGCGGGCCGUUGCAUUAUAUUUCAUAGAUAAAUUGGCGCUGAGAGCAGGUAAUGAAAAGGAUGAAGAUCAAGCCGACACCGUAGGUUGUUGUUCUCUCCGUGUUGAGCACGUUAAAUUGGAAAAGCACUUAAAUGGAAAGGAAAACGUUGUCGUCUUUGAUUUUCUUGGUAAAGAUUCAAUCCGUUAUUACAACGAGGUUGAAGUUGAGAAACGGGUAUUCAAAAACCUCGAACUUUUCUUGGAAAACAAAAAGGAUGGCGACGAUCUAUUCGAUCGUCUAAACACUCAAGUGCUCAAUGAACAUUUGAAGGAACUUAUGGAAGGACUCACUGCCAAAGUGUUCCGUACCUACAACGCCUCAAUUACGUUACAAAAACAAUUGGAUUUGCUCACUGAAGAGAGUAUGUCGCCUGCGGAGAAAUUGCUUGCCUAUAAUCGCGCUAAUCGUGCAGUCGCCAUAUUAUGUAACCAUCAACGUUCAGUACCAAAAGGUCAUGAGAAAUCUAUGGAGAACUUAAAAGAGAAGAUACGGCAGAAGCGUGAGCUGAUUGAUGACGCUGAAUCUGAGUAUCAUGAUCUUAAGAGAGCCGCUAAGCGUGGCUCCGUAAAAGAGCGUGUUAUGGCUGACAAAAAGUCUAAGCAACUGGAAAGACUAAAGGAGCAGCUAAAGAAAUUGGAAUUGCAAGAGACUGAUAGGGAUGAGAAUAAAACGAUCGCAUUAGGCACCUCAAAACUGAACUAUUUGGAUCCACGUAUUACUGUCGCAUGGUGCAAAAAGCAUGGAGUACCAAUUGAGAAGAUAUUCAAUAAAACUCAGAGAAACAAAUUCAUGUGGGCUAUACACAUGGCUGAUGAAAACUAUCGCUUCUAAGUAAACACUGAUGUACGCCACUUAGGUCGAGGGACACUAUUUGUGAAGAUGAUAUUGACUUAUAACUAAGAGUAGAGUUAAAAGUUUAAUGUAGCAUGCUCUCCGAACGCUAUAUCACUACUACCACCACCCACCACUUAACACUGUAGAUGAUGAAUGUACAUGAAUGUUGUAUGGAAAAUGCAUGAAAGUAUAGCAGACGGAAGAAGCGGGAAAAGUGAGACGAGCUGGCAUAUACAUCAAACUUUUUCAUAGUAUAUAUAGGGAUCACUAUAUAUACAUAGAAAUUAUUCAUAGCAUAAUGUUUAGGAAAUAAUAAUGAAUUUAUUUCAUUAUCAACUAUGAUAAACACAUCAAUUCUUGCAAUACAUUUGUAUACAUAGCUACAUAUGUAUACUUAGGUCUAUAAGUAAAUAAGAAUGUGUUGCCAUUUAAUGUGUGAAUGGCAAUGGAAUGUUCUCUUUAUUAUUAUUAUUAUUAAUCAUGCACACAAACACACAUACUCACGUAUUUAGUAGAACGUAUUAGCGUACAAACAUUAGAAAUCUUUGAAAAUAUGAAUUUGAUUUCAUUUAUAAAACACGAUAAAAAAGUAAAGUAAAAUGAUUAUAAUUAAACCCCCUCAAUCGCAUCGCAAAAAAUACAUGGUGAUUCUUAUUACAGCGGAGGGAACUAAAUAAGUUUUAGUAAAAAUUUUACAAAUGAAUGGAACUACGAUAAUUGUGUUAACUUUUUUGAUUUUUCGUCGAAGAAGGACGCAUCCACGCAUAUAAAUACAGAUACGCUAACAAAUACAAUUUCAGUUUAAACAAUUUUAGCAUAAUUCUUAACAAUUUUAUCUUAUAUACAUAAAUGUAAGAAAACACACUAUACCAUAAUAAAUAUAAUUUUUAAGUCAUCAGAGGAAGGAGGAUAACACCGCUACACCCCUUGUGUAUGAAAUACAUAAAACACAUUUGUGUUUGUAGCUGGGUAAUUCAGAAUAUUCCCAAUUUUUGUGUAAUAAUUUAGAUUCGAUCUAGAUGCAAAUAUGCAAACAAGCGGCGUAUGCAUUGAAAACCUAUAGACAUUUAAUUUUAGAAAUAAAAUUCAACAACAAGAACACUAAUGCAAUUUAGUUUAUGAUUUAUUGAUUACAUAUCUUAUUUUAUACACAUAAUGUGAAAAUAUUUAAAUUUAUUUAAUAAAAAACAAAUUAAAAACAUGCAUCCAUAAUUUCAACAAUCAAUCGUUAAAUAACUUUUGUACCCACACUUUCCAAUACAUAUUACAUACCAACGCAACGUACAUAGAAUAUGUAUAACCAAUUGUUUUUGUAUAAUUUAAGUUACAAACAGAAAUAUAUCAAAAAAAUAUUGUACUGUAAAACAAUA